CCCAAAUUGUCAAAUUGCAAGUUAUCUUAGUGUUUAUAAUUAUGGAUAGUAAUGAUUCAGGAACAGCAGAUGCGAAUUCUGCACGGCAGUCGCUUGCUUUGCGGCGGGAAUUGCGCAGAAAGAAAAUAUUGGAAGCGUCCAAGGCACGACUGGACAAAUUGAAUAGCAGAUCGACGUCGGCGUUUCAGAAUGAAAACCUCGAUGGUGAACCCUCAAAUACGCAAUAUUCCGAUCCGGAGGUGGAGCCGGAUAUUCCAAUAAGGCGUUCAUUUCUGCCAGAACAACCUGCGCCCCAAAGAACCACGUCACGAAAUGCAUUUCUUAAGAGCAGAGUUCACAUUAUUUUGGCGGCUUGCUUUGGAUUUCUUUUGGCUCUUUACACGAACACCAGUGUUUUCAUUCCCGUUCUGCUUUUUGUGAUUGCAGAGCUUGCAUUUCUGCAGAAUUACAAAGAAGACCAUCUACCGGCCAGCAUGGGACCCUUGUUACUUAUGUUCAUCAAUCCGAAUAUUACCAGCAAAAUUAAGCAGUUUAGCAGUAUAUUUUUUAUUCUUCAGUCAUUGUUGGGUGAUCUUGCGAUAACCGUUUGUGUUGUUUGUUCAGGAAGCAUGCUCUUACUAAAUUUUAGACCCGAAUAUGCUACAAUUGUUAAAUAAAAAUUAUGUCUUAUUUAGGGGUGUGCAACAUGAUUAGCAAGACAAAUACUAUCAAAGCUAGUUGAAUCAUUCAUUCAUCUCAGAUUAAGGACGUCAGUCGAUGGCCAAAAAACAACCACCAUUGCGUUUUCAGCACUGGCAGCGACUUUAGGUGCUGUACAGCACUGUUUAUCUGAAAUAUUUAUGUAUAAAAACUUUGAAACCGUUAACAACCCUCAGUUUUAAGUCUAAAUUUUCUAACUUAAGUUGGCUGAUUAUUAAAAAAACUCAUUUAACUCUG